AAAAUUCAAUCAUUCUGUGUUUUCUAAAACAUCAGAAACUUUAAUCGAAAUGACUGGUCGCGGCAAAGGAGGAAAAGGACUCGGCAAGGGAGGCGCCAAACGUCAUCGCAAAGUUUUGCGUGACAACAUCCAGGGAAUCACCAAGCCGGCCAUCCGUCGUCUUGCCCGUCGUGGUGGUGUCAAGCGAAUCUCUGGUCUCAUCUACGAGGAGACCCGCGGUGUGUUGAAGGUGUUCCUUGAAAACGUGAUUCGUGACGCCGUCACCUACACUGAACACGCCAAGAGGAAGACUGUGACGGCCAUGGACGUCGUCUACGCGCUGAAACGGCAGGGCCGCACUCUGUACGGUUUCGGCGGUUAAAUCUGAUCUUGAUUUUCAUACUCCGAUCGUUCAAACCAAUCGGCCCUUUUCAGGGCCACCAUUU